AUGCCAAACUUGAUUGAAUUGCAGAGGGACCAUGUCGUUAGCAUUUUGAAUGCGGUGGUGGCGUCAAACUCCAUUAAGUUUCUCGUUGUGGAUGAGUUUGUGGAGAAGCUUUUGGAGUACAUAUUUGAAUCUCCCAAUGAGUUGCUCAAGUAUGUGACGUCUGUGGACCGGAUAGACUCCCCAAAGAGACAGGGACAACAGUCCGUAGAUGUCAUCUACCUGCUGCAGCCGACUAAGUUCAAUAUGAAGUGUAUGGACGCCGAUUUCCAGAGUAUCCCGCCCAAGUAUAAAACCCCGCACAUCAGAUUCUUGGCACCGUCUGAGAAACACGUUGUGACAUAUUUCAGCUCGUUGAAAUACAUUACAAGGUACAUGCAGAAUGUGUCAGAGGUGAAUUUGUCGUUUAUUCCUAAGGAGGCUCAGUACUUCCAAACGAUAGGGACAGACAAGCCGCUGCAGAUCUUCUUUAACCCAAACUGUUUAGACCUGAUAGAGAAACACGUCUCGAAGGCAAUGUCCUCACUUUUGAACCUGUGUAUAAUCACGGGUGAAUACCCCAUAAUCAGAUACUCCAAAGCGACGGAGAGUCAGUUGGAAUUGUCGCAGGCGUCCAGACUGGCGGAAAAGCUGGCAAAGAAUUUCCAAUACAAACUGGACGAGUACGCCAGGAGCCACGAGGAUUUUCCACCGCCUUCUACCAGACCAAGGGCCAUUCUAGUGGUCACCGAUCGUACGUUGGAUCAGUUCAGCCCAAUCCUACACGAUUUUUCUUACCAGGCAAUGGCCUACGACGUUGUUCCAGAUAUCGACGUAAGGACGGAUAUAUACCAUUACACGGCUGAAAACGAGAAAGGUGAUCAAGAAGCGAAGGAAUCUGAACUGACAGAUCUGAAGGAUCCGGAUUGGGUUGAGUUGAGACACCAGCACAUCAUUUCCGCCAACGAAUACCUAGCUGGUAAGAUCAAAGAAAUGAUCGCCAAAAACCCACUUCUCGUCGAUAGAUCCAAAGUGAAAAACACUACCGAUCUGUUGAGUGUCGUCGCACACUUGAAGGACUUCGAUGAGGAAAGAAGAAGAAUGGUUUUACACAAGAUUCUAAUUGAGGAGUGUUUGUCCAUUAACCAGAAGAGGAAAUUAGCGGAAUUGGCUGAAGUGGAGCAGAACUUGGCAGGAUUUGGUUUCGACAUCAAUGGUGAGAAAUCGAGACAUAUUACUGACUCGCUACUGAGAGCUCUAUUGUCCCGCGAUACUGACAUCACAGACAGGGUCAGGUAUAUCAUCAUCUACGCUCUUUAUAGAGGCGGGCUGAUUGAGGAUGAUUUCAAGAAACUGCUGUCCUUUGCCGCCAUAACAGAGGAGCACGACUACUUUGAUCGAUUCUUAACUCUGUUCAAAAAUUUCAACUUUAUAGGAUUCCGUCUUAUCAAGGAGCAGCCAAAGGACAAGCCCUUCCAAAAGGAAUGGUUCCACGAUUCGAUCACCAAGGAUCCCAGCGUUUACACGACCUCCAGGUUUGUACCAGCCGCCAGCAAUAUCAUUUCCAAACUUAUCGCCAACCCGCUGCUGUUAAGUGAGGAGGCAUUCCCAUUUGUGAAGGAUAAACCCAUCGAAAUCUUAGAUGAGGAGGCCAAAGAGAUUGCAGACGCUUCUGCGGGCCCCCAAACCUCGGCAUCUUUGCGUAACCCUCGUCACAGAGCUGCAUGGACGAAGACGAACAACGUUUUGCAAUCGAACCAACCGAGACAAAGAUUUUUCUUCUAUACCAUCGGUGGGAUUACAUACCCUGAGAUCAAAGCCGCGUACGACCAAGCAAACCUCAAAAACAGGGAUGUGUUCAUUGGCAGUGACGGUAUACUAACACCGAGUUCGUUCAUGAAGAGUAUCGAGUUUGUGACGAAGCCAAGAGACUUUCUUGGACUCAAAGACGAUGCCAAAGAAGAGGAGGAUAUCCCCAGUUUUCUGUUGAGUAGUCUAAGGCCAGUUUCGGCACCAGUAUCACAUAUUCAUAAAAGAAGCGAAAUGCCACAAUCGUCCAGACCUGUUAUUAAAUCGGCACCUGUUGAGCCGGCAUCGCCCAAGAAGGAGGAGAAAAAACGUAGCAAGUUUUCUAGAUUCUUGAGAAAGGAUAAGAAGUAA